AGGCCAAUAUAUCACAUUUAGAAGAGCCAUGAGAAGUCUCUUACCACAAUUUUUUGAUGAUAAAACCUCUGCAUUUGAUAAUGUCCUGGUUCCAGCAGGAGAUUAUCAAAUAGAUGCUGGCAUUGAGAAUCCAGAAACUUCUGGCGUUUCCGGAAUCAAUAACAUUUCUGGAGAGAAGAAAUACACAGAUUUAGUCAAUAUGAAACCCCAAUCUCCUAAGAAGGUAAAUCAAAUCAAACUAAUUCGAGUUCAGGGUAUUGAAGUGGACUUGGACAUUCCUUUCUUCUGGGUAGUUAACAACUUGAAGAAUCCUGAAUACUUUCUUCACAUUUGUGUGUAUAUUGGGACAGCUUUGAACCCAGCGUGAUUCAUACUUAGAUCUGCAAUUACUACACAUUAGAUUAUUUUUCUUUCAAUUUUGAAAUUAAUGUAUAGUUAUGUUUUUAAAACAUAUAGAUCACAUUACAUAUUUAAUCUUUCAGCUUUCAAA